CGGUCUGCAGUCUCCAUAACUCCAUACUGAUGUUGGUUGCUUGUGUCGCGAUCCAUUGCAGAAGAGGGAAUCGGUAAGGGGUAGAAGGCAAGAGAAGGAUCGCAUAGGAAAGAGGGAGGUCGGUGAGGAAAGAGGGGGAGAGCAGAAAUUCAUCCGAUUGGCGGUCUGGCACUAGUCGGCAGUCCUACCGUCAAUGAGAAGAUGGCCGCUGGGCUCGGUGGAAGUGUCGCCAUUGUUUAGUGUUUAGUUGUUUUACCGUUUCUCGCAUAAUUUUACGGGAAGCACGAUAAAAAUGCCAAGUGCGUCGUUCACAUCGUCGCGCAAUUACGUGCGAAGAUCCCGAAGAAAAGGUGCAAACAGGAUUCCUCUUCCUUCGAGAACAACCUCGGCCGAGCCAUGCGAUUUGCCAUGUUCAGCAUCAAAUCAGAUACCUCCUGGUGGUGGAGUUGGUGGUGGAGGAGGAGGAGGAGGUGGAGGUGGGGGUGGAAAUGGUGGAAGAGGAUCAUCACCCAGUGUUUCUGGUGUUGCAGCACCAUCGCCUUCUCCAUCACAUUCUCAUUCAUCUCCUUAUGAUUUAAGACGUAAAAGUCCACCUCAUCCAGAUCCUGCUCCUGGUACUAGCUCUGCCCUACCUCCUUCGGGUGGUAGUAGUAUAGGAGCCACUCUAGGUUCUUCCUCUUUGCCAGCAAGAAAACGACCCAGACGGACUUGUUCAUUAUCCACAGAUGGUACAAAUACAAAUACUGCAGCACAUUACCUUCAAUAUGAAUUACCAGAUGAAGUGCUGCUUACUAUAUUUAAUUAUCUAAUGGAACAGGAUUUAUGUAGAGUUUCUCAAGUUUGCAAGCGUUUUCAAACAAUUGCAAAUGACACUGAACUAUGGAAGUCGUUAUAUCAACAAGUUUAUGAAUAUGACUUACCAUUAUUUAAUCCUGCACCUUGUAAAUUUGAAUUUGUAUCACCAGAUGAGUCAGAUUAUCCAAAUCCAUGGAAAGAAAGCUUUAGACAAUUAUAUAGAGGGGUACAUGUUAGACCAGGAUUUCAGGAUUUAAAAUUUAAAGGUCGGAACUUGCCAUACUUUAAUACAGUUCAGGGAGCAUUAGAUUAUGUAGAUGAAUUCAGAAGCAAUAGCAGUUCCUCGACUAAUAAUAGCACGACUACAAGUGGUCAAGGAAAUUGUUGUGGAAAUAAUUCUCAAUCAACAGAAGAAGCGCCUCAACAUUUAGUUUUCUUACAUGCUGGCAUAUAUAGAGGCGAAUUUCUUGUAAUCGAUAGCGAUGUUGCACUAAUUGGAGCAGCACCCGGAAAUGUUGCAGAAUCUGUUAUAUUAGAAAGAGAAAGUGAAUCUACAGUUAUGUUUGUAGAAGGAGCAAAACGAGCUUAUGCCGGCCACCUUACAUUAAAAUUUACCCCAGAUGUUACUAGUACAGUACCGCAUCAUAAACACUAUUGUUUAGAAGUUGGUGAAAAUUGUAGCCCUACAGUUGAUCAUUGUAUAAUUAGGAGUUCGAGUGUUGUUGGAGCAGCUGUUUGUGUAUCGGGUGUAGGAGCAAAUCCUGUGGUAAAGAAUUGUGACAUAUCGGAUUGUGAAAACGUUGGACUUUAUGUCACUGAUUAUGCUCAAGGAACUUAUGAAGAUAAUGAAAUUUCUAGAAAUGCAUUAGCUGGAAUCUGGGUGAAAAAUUAUGCAAAUCCAAUUAUGAGAAGAAAUCAUAUUCAUCAUGGAAGGGACGUCGGAAUCUUUACGUUCGAUAAUGGUCUCGGAUAUUUCGAAGCUAAUGAUAUUCAUAACAAUCGAAUAGCAGGUUUUGAAGUAAAAGCUGGUGCUAAUCCAACGGUUGUGCAUUGUGAAAUACACCAUGGCCAAACAGGUGGAAUAUAUGUCCAUGAAAAUGGCUUAGGACAAUUUAUCGACAACAAAAUUCAUUCGAAUAAUUUCGCCGGUGUUUGGAUUACUUCCAAUUCAAAUCCAACUAUUCGCAGAAAUGAAAUUUAUAAUGGUCAUCAAGGAGGAGUAUAUAUAUUUGGAGAAGGAAGAGGCUUAAUCGAACAUAAUAAUAUUUAUGGUAAUGCCUUAGCUGGUAUACAGAUUAGAACAAAUUCGGAUCCUAUUGUUAGACAUAAUAAAAUACAUCAUGGUCAACAUGGUGGUAUAUACGUUCAUGAGAAAGGACAAGGUUUAAUUGAAGAGAACGAAGUGUACGCAAAUACAUUAGCAGGUGUUUGGAUAACCACAGGAUCGACACCGGUAUUAAGAAGAAAUCGUAUCCAUAGUGGAAAACAAGUUGGAGUUUAUUUUUAUGAUAAUGGACAUGGAAAAUUAGAAGAUAAUGAUAUUUUCAAUCAUUUGUAUUCAGGAGUACAAAUAAGGACUGGAAGUAAUCCAGUAAUACGUGGAAAUAAAAUAUGGGGUGGACAAAACGGUGGCGUUCUUGUGUAUAAUAGCGGUUUAGGCUUACUCGAACAAAAUGAAAUUUUUGAUAAUGCAAUGGCAGGAGUUUGGAUUAAAACAGAUAGUAAUCCUACAUUAAAAAGAAACAAAAUAUUUGAUGGCAGAGAUGGUGGAAUUUGUAUAUUUAAUGGUGGCAAAGGUGUUCUUGAAGAGAAUGAUAUAUUUCGUAAUGCUCAAGCUGGAGUGCUUAUUUCUACACAAUCACAUCCUGUCUUAAGGAGAAACCGAAUUUUUGAUGGAUUAGCAGCCGGCGUUGAAAUAACAAACAAUGCGACAGCUACAUUAGAAUUUAAUCAAAUUUUUAACAAUAGAUUCGGUGGUUUGUGUUUAGCAAGCGGAGUACAACCAACAACUAGAGGCAAUAAAAUAUUUAAUAAUCAAGAUGCAGUUGAAAAAGCAGUUGGAAAUGGCCAAUGUUUAUACAAAAUUUCGUCGUACACUUCUUUUCCUAUGCACGAUUUCUAUCGUUGUCAAACAUGCAAUACAACAGAUCGCAAUGCAAUUUGCGUAAAUUGUAUAAAAACUUGUCAUGCUGGACACGAUGUGGAAUUCAUUAGACACGAUCGAUUCUUUUGUGACUGUGGUGCUGGAACAUUAAGUAAUCAGUGUCAACUUCAGGGUGAACCUACACAAGAUACAGAUACAUUGUAUGAUAGUGCGGCACCAAUGGAGUCACAUACACUUAUGGUCAACUAGGAACUAACGUAAACUAAAUAAAACAAUCAAUCGACAUUGAAUCUGUAAGUCCAACAUAUUGCAAACAAGAAAAUAAUUUGUUGCAGAGUUCUUUAUUAUGACACUUAUUCUUUCGUGUCCCUAAUUGUGAUUGUUAUUAUAUAAAGCUGUCGUUAUUGUUAACAUAUUCAAUUAACAAUAAUUUCAUUGCAUCACUACUAUUAUCAUUAUCAUUAUCGUUACUCGUUUCACUUUCAUUAUCAUGGUAAUUAAAAUUAUCACAAUCACUUUCAUUAUUUUAUAAGAUUAUAUUCGAUUUUUUGUAAAUGACAGUUCACUGAACUGUAUUAUCAUUGUUGUCAUUGUCAUCAUUAUUAUCACUAUCAAUAAUAUUUUUUAUUAAAAAAAUUAAUACUCUCUGUUUCGGUGUAUUCUUUAAUAUAAAUGGACAUGUUAAUUGAUAUUCGUAUUCAAUCAGAUAUCGAGAUUCAACAUUAUUUGAUAUAAUACACAUUUUGCUAGGAAGAAAAUUAAUAGAAAAUUAUUUUCUUCUCUUUUGCUUUUUUAUUGUUCUUCGUUGAAAGCGAUUUCACAAAGUCAAGAUUUUAUUUCUUGCGAUUACGUAAUAAAGAACUCCGCAAUGAAAACGAAAAAAAGACAAUGAUAAACAAGAAGAACAGUGACAAUGGAUUUCUUAUGUAAGCAAAUCUAUUAAUUAGAUAACAUCAAAUUUAUUUAAACGUGUAAUAAAAACAAACUACUGCGGUUAAAUAUUAAUUGACCGAAAAUAUGCCACAAACUAUUCUUGUGACUUUUUUUCAUUAAGUUUCUUUAACUUCGAAUAUAAAGCAAAAAAAGUGCAGUGGAUCUGUGUAAAAAGAUGGAAAUAAAAAAUAACGUAUGUGCAUACGUCAAUAAAAAAAGGACACGUAAUGAUCGUGACGAUAUUUAAAAAAAACUGUUUAAAUAAUGAAAAAAAUUUGUGCAAUGCAACAGCAUUGAUAAAAAAAAAACAAUUCUCUAAGCUUAUAAUGAAACACAGUGUCGCGGAUGUAAAUUGUGUAUAAUCGUAUCGUUAAUAAACGCGAAUAGACAGUAACAUUAAAUAAAUGACUUAUUACUCGAACGAAAACAUCGAUAUAUAAAUUGUGAGAAAGACACAUUAAAAAAAUUUUCACUCACACUCGAAUGAAACUUAUACGUUGGUGCAUUAAAGGUAAAAAAAAACAUGAGGAAGUGCAUAUUGUGUAUUCAUACUAAUGGAAUUGUAGGCAAUCGAGUCAGUUUAAGACAAAAGUUGGAAGAGCAAUUAGCAGCAGUCAUAAUAAAUGAUAGCUCUUGUGCGAUAAAUCUGCGACGUCGAUAAAUCUGUGGUAUAAAUUACAAAAAAUAGGGAGUGAGCACGAGCGAAAUGAAAAUCCAUGACGACAUAUUGGAACGGAUGUCUAAAAAAUGUGAUAUGUAAAAUUCACAACUGGAAUAA